CCCUGCUGCGGCUCCGCGCGGACAUGGACUGCUAGAAGCGGACCGUCCGUCCGAGUCCGGACCUGCAGGGUGAUGUUAGCGCUGGGUCCGAUGGACCAGAGCAGCUUCCUCCUGAGCUCCCCACCUCUGGCGGCUCUGCACAGCAUGGCCGACAUGAAGACCCCCCAGUACCCCGCCUACCCGCUCUCCUCCGCCGGACACACCUCGUCCACCUCCCCGGCCACCAGCUCGCCCAACCCGGGCGGGAUGGCGGCGUCCUCCCCGGGCCUCAAGUCGUCGGGUCUCGGCUCCCCGCAGCACAUGUGCUCGUCCGCGACCCCUCACGGCAUCAACGACAUCCUCAACCGGCCCUCCGCCGCCUCGGCCUCGGCGGGGGUCUUAGGCGCCCUGCACCCGCGCUUCAGCAGCCUCAGCCCGCCGCCGCCGCCGCCACCGCCGCCCGGACUCUUCUUCACCCCCGCGGCGUCCCGCUACCCCAAGCCCCUCACCGAACUACCGGGCCGGACCCCCAUUUUCUGGCCGGGGGUCAUGCAGAGUCCACACUGGAGGGACGCGCGCUUUGCGUGCUCGCCCCAGCAGAGUUGCGUGUUGGACAAGGACGGCAAAAGAAAACACACGCGGCCAACUUUCUCUGGACAACAAAUUUUUGCUCUGGAAAAAACUUUUGAACAAACCAAAUAUUUGGCGGGACCGGAGAGGGCGAGACUGGCCUUCUCCCUCGGCAUGACCGAGAGCCAGGUCAAGGUGUGGUUCCAGAACCGUCGGACCAAGUGGCGCAAGAAGCACGCGGCGGAAAUGGCCUCCGCCAAGAAGAAGCAGGACUGUGAGACGCAGAGGUUAAAGGUGAGCUCGGACCCGGACGAGGACGAGGACUACGACAAGCCCUUGGACCCGGACCACGACCACGACCACGACCUGCUCCACAAGCACGCGCUCGCGCUCGCGCACACGCCCGAGCACGACAGCUCGUAAAAGGUGCUUCUUCUUCUUUUUUUUAAUUUUAUUUCUAUUUUUUUUUUUUUUUUUUUACCUUCGUGCACCUUUC